GUUGACAUGUGCUAUGAGUUGCUGCAAAACACUCAGUAGUUGCGGCUUCUUCUUUUCGAAAGCUGGACGUUGUCAGUGUCUAAAGGAGUACGGGGGCUAUGAAAUAUGGACAGCAAACCUCAAGAGAAUUAGUGCAUCGUACAUUGGAUGUUACCACGAUGACUUUGACCGAGUACUUCCACACGGUAUCAUGCAGAACGUGACAGACCUGACAACUGAAACCUGCAUGCAGCACUGCCAUAGCAUCAACUACAUCUACUUUGGAACUGAGUGCACAAGUCAAUGCUUCUGCGGUCAUGUUAUCAAACCUGGGCACGCCAAGGUACCCGACAAGGAAUGCAACAUGCCAUGUGCUGGUGACAGCAGCUUGCUGUGUGGAGGAUACUUUAGGACAUCCAUCUAUAAGAUUAACAUUUAAAGUACCGUGUACACCACUAUAAGCCUUCCCUUUGAACUAUUUCAGCCAUAUUGUGACGAGAAGUUUUACAUAAACAAUACAUGCAUUUAGCCUUCAUGAAAAACCUGUCAUCGAUAGACCCGAGCAGGAUUUAUACAACCCCCUUGUUUCUGCGAUAGUUUCAACAAAAUUGUGAACCAUUUAACCAAUCUAAGUUACUAGUUAGCGCUACCAAUUUAAGAAAAAGUAUCGCACUUUGUGCGCUAACAAUUAUCAGUUGAUUUAAUUUCUUAGAAGAAAACAUUA